AAGCGGUGCUGAUUGGAAUUAAGCUGGGGAUUUUUGUAAACAAAAGUAUUUUUCACAGCUAGAACUCUAAAGGUGAAAUAAGAGAGAAAGAUUGUGGGAAAGUUGAUCUCCAAGGAUCUCUGAUAACCUCCUUGUAAUCCUGUAAACCUGCCGUGCUGCCAGUUAAGCUGUGGUGUCACAUUGCCAUAUAUAGAUCACUUGCAGUAUGGCUUUCUUGAGUUACACCAAAGUUUUUCUCACAAUAGCCAUCUUCUUCAAUGCAGCUGUUGUUCAUUCCUUUGAUACAGAUGAUGAUGAUGAUGAUGACCACAUCUUCAUUGAUCAAUCGGACACUAUUCAUGACACAGCCAUAUCCAUCACCGUUAUUGGAAUAAUCAUUGCUCUUAUUAUUGGCGGAGUCAUCGUAAUCACACUCAUCAUUUGUUGCUGCUGCUGUAAAGGUCGUAGAACCCAAGGUCAUGUAUAUCGACCGACAGCAGUGACCACGACCACCACUGUGGUCACUCAACAACGAAAUCAGCCUCCUCAGUAUCCGGCUCAGACCACUGCAGGUUACCAUGGAUACCAGGCCACCACUCCAGCACCACCUGCUGCACAGAUGGCACCUCCUCAUCAAGGGACAUCACCAGGCUAUCCCUCACAGAACAUGGCCCCUGGGUAUCCUCCUCAGACCCAAAACUCUAAGCCUGAACCAUCAGCACCACCUGCUCCAUCUGCCCCAUACAUGCAGGACAUGCCCUAUUACCCUCCACCCCAGGACCAGGCCUACCCUCCACCCCCAAGCCAGACCUACCCUCCUCAGCCAUACGGAGGAAUGGUACAACCGCCCCCAUACUCGGAGAAGUGAUCUUCAGAUCCAGCAACUGUAAGGUUUUAAGAAGAAUAGCUGUCAUAUAUAUUAUGAUAGCCUGAUUUUUUUUAGGAAAUUUUGAACUUGUCUUUUUUCUGAAAGUUUGUUGAAGAUUGAUUAAUUCUUGCAAAUGUAAUUUUUCUUUAAAAACCACGUAAAUAAUCAAAAGUCAUAUCUAUACAUAAAUAGUUUAUUCUGGUCAUUGACUGGUUUAUAAAUAUCCCUUUUGUUGUGUCUUUUUGACUUUUUUUUAUGUCAUGAAAUAAAAAAAGCAAGUUUCAAAUAUAUUUUUAGAAAUUGGGGUCAUUAAAAUGUAUCUGUGAUUAAUCUGUGUUAGGAACUGAAUACAAAUACCAGAGAUGUCGGAACAAAAUGAUGAUAUUUUAUCCUAUAAAUCAAUGUUUCUUAAAUUAUUUUAAAUCAGAUGUAAUUGUGUAGGUGUUUGUUAAUUGUACAUAUACUGUGAAAUAAUACAUUUGUCAUGUAAUCAAAAUCAUGAGUGACAUCGAAUUGUUCUGUACAAAUUAUGCAUGCCAUUUGACACAGCUUAGCUGUCAUUUUUAGCUCACCUGGCCCGAAGGGCUUAUGACCUUAUGCAAGGGUGCGGCAUCCGUCAUCUGUCAACAAUUGCUUUGAAUUGCUACUUGUCAUAAAAUACUGAAUGGAUUUUAACCAAAUUUGGUCAAAAAUAUUCUUGAGGGAAGGGAAACAGAUUUUGCUUUAAUGACAAUUUUGACCCCUAAGGUACUAGAGCUGGAGGGGCGGGGCCCAAUAGGGGAGAUAGAGGUUAUGUCUUUAAAUAGCUACUAUAGUCAUAAAGUUUGGUCUGAAAUAUACUUAGGGAAAGGGGAACAGAUUUUGCAUAAAUGAUAACUCUAACCCCCUGGGGCCAGAGGGGCUUGGCCCAAUAGGGGAAAUUCAAGUAAAUCCUUUAAAUCCCUACUAGUCCUAAAUGACUAAAUGGAUUUUGAUGAAAUUUAGUCUGAAACAUUAUUGGGCAAAGGAGAUCUAAUGUUGUAUAAAUGGAGGGUAUGAGUCCCUUAGGGCUGGAGAAAGGGGCCUAAUAGGAGAAAUGUUGCAAAAUAGAAAGAAAAAACAACAAUUUUAAACCAUAUUUGGAAGAUGCAGCAAAAAGGGUAGAAAAAUAAUUGUAAUGUAGCUCAAAAUGUUUUUCCAGGUGAGCGAUGCAGGCCCUCUUGGUCUUUUGUUUCAUUUUUGUCUAAUAAUAUCAAAGGAUUUGUAAACAAUUACUCUAGUGGCAUUAUAUACGUAUACAUUGGCUACAGUUUCUUGCUGCUGAAGUGUUGUAAUGUUAUUCAAGACAGAAAUCAAUGGUUAAAAGCCUUUUGAUAAAAAUCAUAUUUCCAUGCUUAUUUUUGGAUCAACAUUUCAGUGAUAUUUUAUUCAAUAAUGAAUUUGUUUAAAUAACAUUUAAAAAAACCCACAAAUUUUGUGCUAAAACUUGUAAAUAAAUAUCGAAAAAUAGAUUUUUAUGUAACUGCAUGUUGUUGUUGUCAACACAAGGCUGUUUGAGUGAAGCUCUAUAUAUUGUGAUAUGGUGAUACAUAACAGUAAUUGUGUAAAUUUUUGUAUUAAAAUCAUUAUGGUAAUUGGCAAUAAGUCACUCUAAUAUUGUAUGGGAUGACAUUUAUACACCAAACUGAGUAAUCGUGAAACAAACAUUGAAAAUAACAUUGAUCAAUUAUUUCUGUAGAUUUAGUGAAAUACAAUGUAUAUAAUACUGAGAAUCAGUAUCAACACAAUUUUAUUUUGGGAAUUUUUUUUGAAAAAUGUGCAGCUGAACUUUUAACUUUAAAUAUCUCUUCACUAAGUCAGGUUCAAAGUUACAGUACGUAAUUGUUUUAGAUAUUUUAAAAGGAAGACAUAGAAGUCUGACUUCAUAGUUAUAUUAAGUACAUGUUUAUAUAUUUUAGAAGGUUUUUUUUUAAAAGGCACUUAUUGAAUGCCCUCAGUAUUCGUUGAACAUCACAAAUAUGCCAAAAACCAAUACAGUGUACAUUUCUAUAAAUGUAAGAUUGUUUUAUGCUGAAAAUGAAAAUGUGUACAUAGAGUCAUAAUUGAUGAUAAUUUAAACUGUGUUGAUAGAGGGAGUACAGCAUUGUACAUUGCUGUUCAGUGUUGAAAUAUAUGUCUAAAUUUGUUCUCAUUAUUGCUGCUAUGUAUAGAUCGAAGGAGUACUGUACAUUGCAUUACACCAUAUGAUAUUAAAUUAGUGUACACUGUAGAGUUUAAUCUCAUGUUUAUACCAUCCUCGGUACUCCAGGGGUUACAAUUACAUAGGGAUGUUUAUAUGUGUAAUUAUCACACACACGUUUAUAUGUGUAAUUAUCACACAUGUUUAUGUGUAGGUAUCACACACAUAUAUAUGUGUAAUUAUCACACACAUGUUUAUAUGUGUAGGUAGCACACACAUGUUUAUAUGCGUAAUUAUCACACAUGUUUAUAUGUGUAGGUAUCACACAUGUUUAUGUGUAGGUAGCACACACAUGUUUAUAUGUGUAAUUAUCACACACAUGUUUAUAUGUGUAGGUAUCACACACACAUAUAUAUGUGUAAUUAUCACACACAUGUUUAUAUGUGUAGGUAGCACACACAUGUUUAUAUGCGUAAUUAUCACACAUGUUUAUAUGUGUAGGUAUCACACAUGUUUAUGUGUAGGUAUCACACACACGUUUAUAUGUGUAAUUAUCACACACAUGUUUAUGUGUAGGUAGCACACACAUGUUUAUAUGUGUAAGUAGCACACACAUGUUUAUAUGUGUAGGUAGCACACACAUGUUUAUAUGUGUAAUUAUCACACACAUGUUUAUAUGUGUAGGUGUAGCACAUGUCAUAUAUAGAGUAUUAUGGGCUACUCAGAUGAUCCACGUAGCGAGUCUAUCAUAAUAUAUUAUAUAAGGGAUCUUAUAUCAUAUGACAUAUCCCGAUUUUGGUGACACAUAUUUAUACCAUAAUAGCAUCAUAUAUUUCUUACACUUGUCAGCUGAAGGCCCUUGCAGUGGAUAUUUCAUUUUCUUUAUAAUAUAAUAGCUUAUUGUACAUAUACUGCUGGGAAGUAAAAUGUGAAGUGAAAGUCAUUUUCACAGGGCUAUAUAUAUUGGUUUGAUGAUUGUAAGUGUGAAUUAGUCUGAUAUUGUUAUUCAUAUAGUGUUCAACACUUCCUUAAUUAUUUCAAGACUAGCUAGCAUGGAAAGUCCUUGUAGAAUGAUUUGGAGUUAAAACAUAUUCUACAUUUAACAAAAAACAAUUCAGCUGCUCUGAUUGAGGCCCUGAAGGCUGAACUACCUAUAAUUAGGAACUAUUUUAUCAUUCCUGUUUUUCGUUUAGUUCAAGUUGAGAUGGUGGCAUGUCUGCAGACAUUGACCAGUAUUAUUUUGUCUGACCAGAUUGGUAUUAUCAUUUUCUACACAAAAUAUGUUUAUUGCUCCAUUCAUAUGUGGCAGUGUUAAAAUACUCUGUGUAUAUGCUUAAAGAGGGUCCUGAAUUUUAGUCCCAAAUUGAGAUCUCUAGAUUAUAACUUUUUGUAUGCAUAAUAUUGUUUUUUUAUUGUUUUUAUCAGAAGCACAAAAUAUACCCAGUAUUAUCCCCACUAGUACUGUACUUUAUGUAGCUGUAUGUCAGUUUUCAAUGAUCUGUUGUGUUGAUAGUUGAAUACGGAAGUACAUGACAUCUUUAUUGUACAUCUACAUCCAUCGUAUACAAUGUGUAAAGUGUUGAUCACUUAAUUUUCUGGAAAUGUUUCCUUUGAUAACACAUCAAAUUUAUCUGAACAUAGAUAGGUUUUAAUGUCACAUGACUGAACAGGAAAACGUGUUCCGUGUUAUCUUUCUGGUUGAUAUAAUUGUUACAUUGUGUCUCAAGUCCUCCGUACAACACUUGUUCUCCACUCUCUUUCUGUAGCCAUUUCCUGGAGCCACACUGGGUAUCAUCACAGGGGCUCAUUUUCAGGAUUUUGAGUAUUAUAUGACAUCCUUUAUUUUUAUGUACACAUUGUAAAAUUUUAUCAAAAUGAGGGGUACCAAAAUAUAACACUGUUUAUUAUACACUGAUACCCACAUUUUUUAUAAGGUUUUACAAUUUGUAUAAAUACUGGAUUUUUAGUGGUUUGAUUGUUAAUUGAUGUCAUUUGCUCAAAAUCAGGAAACCAAGCCCCUGUGGAUGUGACGCUGUUCUUAUUGAUAAACAACACAAGAAAAAUAAUGAUGGCAUUGCAUAGAAAAUCUGGAUAGUUGUUUGUCAGAACAUGUAUUUUAUAUAUGUUUUGUGAUUACGUCACAGAAUGACGAUAACAUAAUGAGAGUACACCACCACAAUUAUCUGUUAUAAUGUAUAAGUACUGUUUUAGUGUCCUGUAAAAAGACAGAUUUUAUUAAGUUGUUACCCUGGCCAUAUACCAUGAUAAAUACAGUAGUUCUGUUACCCUGAGUGUGUUACAGGAUAAAUAUGGUAGUACUGUUACCCUGGGCAUGUUACAGGAUAGAUAUGGUAGUACUGUUACCCUGGGCAUAUUACAGGAUAGAUAUGGUAGUACUGUUACCCUGGGCAUAUUACAGGAUAGAUAUGGUAGUACUGUUACCCUGGGCGUAUUACAGGAUAGAUAUGGUAGUACUGUUACCCUGGGCGUAUUACAGGAUAGAUAUGGUAGUACUGUUACCCUGGGCGCAUUACAGGAUAGAUAUGGUAGUACUGUUACCCUGGGCGUGUUACAGGAUAGAUAUGGUAGUACUGUUACCCUGGGCAUAUUACAGGAUAGAUAUGGUAGUACUGUUACCCUGGGCGCAUUACAGGAUAGAUAUGGUAGUACUGUUACCCUGGGCAUAUUACAGGACAGAUAUGGUAGUACUGUUACCCUGGGCGUAUUACAGGAUAGAUAUGGUAGUACUGUUACCCUGGGCGCGUUACAGGAUAGAUAUGGUAGUACUGUUACCCUGGGCGCGUUACAGGAUAGAUAUGGUAGUACUGUUACCCUAGGCGUAUUACAGGAUAGAUAUGGUAGAACUGUUACCCUGGGCGUAUUACAGGAUAAAUAUGGUAGUACUGUUACCCUGGGCGUAUUACAGGAUAGAUAUGGUAGUACUGUUACCCUGGGCGUAUUACAGGAUAGAUAUGGUAGUACUGUUACCCUGGGCGCAUUACAGGAUAGAUAUGGUAGUACUGUUACCCUGGGCGCAUUACAGGAUAGAUAUGGUAGUACUGAACCCUGGGCGCAUUACAGGAUAGAUAUGGUAGUACUGUUACCCUGGGCGUAUUACAGGAUAGAUAUGGUAGUACUGUUACCCUGGGCGUAUUACAGGAUAGAUAUGGUAGUACUGUUACCCUGGGCGCAUUACAGGAUAGAUAUGGUAGUACUGUUACCCUGGGCGCAUUACAGGAUAGAUAUGGUAGUACUGUUACCCUGGGCGCAUUACAGGAUAGAUAUGGUAGUACUGUUACCCUGGGCGCAUUACAGGAUAGAUAUGGUAGUACUGUUACCCUGGGCGCAUUACAGGAUAGAUAUGGUAGUACUGUUACCCUGGGCGUAUUACAGGAUAGAUAUGGUAAUUCUGUUACCCUGGGCGCAUUACAGGAUAGAUAUGGUAGUACUGUUACCCUGGGCGCAUUACAGGAUAGAUAUGGUAGUACUGUUACCCUGGGCGCAUUACAGGAUAGAUAUGGUAGUACUGUUACCCUGGGCGCAUUACAGGAUAGAUAUGGUAGUACUGUUACCCUGGGCGCAUUACAGGAUAGAUAUGGUAGUACUGUUACCCUGGGCGUAUUACAGGAUAGAUAUGGUAGUACUGUUACCCUGGGCGUAUUACAGGAUAGAUAUGGUAGUACUGUCUCCUGAAAUGAUAGAUAGGAGAUGUUUGAGUACAGUAUGAUAGUAGUUUCCAUAGCUAUAUUUGAUAUCAUUGAGAGGAAUGCUUAUAUUUUGUGAAAACAUGGAGACCAUCCUCUGAUUUGGUUUGUGGAAAUAAUCCACCAGUCCUGAUUUUCCAUGAACUUAACAUCCCCAACGAAACCUUUUAAAAAUCAAUGCAUUGAAUCUAGCUGUAUCAUAUUUCAA